UUCUUCCAUUCUAUUCUGUGUCUGCCUUGCUCUCUUCCCCUUCUUCUUCUCCUUCUUCUUCUUAGUGACUGAGACCAAUGACGAGGAAGGUCUCCAAUUUCUCGGAUCUGAUCCAACGGGUCACCGCGUCUUGCUUGCUCCACCCUCUCGCCGAUACCCGCUACGACUCUUCCUGUGAGAAGGACGAUAAGUUCCUCUACGAAUCUGAACCCAACAAGGACGCCGAUGAUGAUGAGGAAGACGAAGAGGACGGCGAAGAAGAUGAAGAAGACGAAAUCGACGACUAUGACGAAGGAAAGAUGGUCAGUCUCAAGGCAUUGGGGGAGAAGAAGGUCAAGCAGAUGGAGUCGCUAUUGGAGGAGGUGUUCGAAGCCGUAUCGACGAUGAAGAGAGCGUAUGUGAGCUUGCAGGGGGCACAUUGCCCGUGGGACCCGGAGAAGAUGAGGGUUGCUGACGUGGCGGUGGUGGCGGAGCUGCGGAAGCUCGGGGUGCUUCGUGAGAAGUUCCGGCGGCGGCAGGGAGUCGACGAUAAGGGUAGGAGGAGGAAAGUACGGCGGAGGCCGACGGCAUCUCUGAAGGAGGUGGUGGCGCCGUACGAGGCGGUGGUGGAGGAGCUAAAAAGAGAAGUGAAGGCUAAGGAUUUAGAGGUUCAUAGUCUGAAAGAGAAGCUCGAUAAUGUGGUUACUCUCUCGAGCAAUGGUGGUGGAGGUAAUGGAAAGAAGGUUGGGAGAUCUCAGUCUAGAAGGAAGCUUGGAAUCAGUCAGAUCCAAGCAAUUGCAGCAGCCCCAUCUCCAGAACUCUUUGAAACAGCGAUGUUGCAAGUAAGAGAAGCAUCGAAGUCCUUCACAUCUCUUCUACUCUCUCUAAUGCACAAUGCACACUGGGAUAUUACAGCUGCUGUCCGAUCCAUUGAAUCAGCCACAGCUACUGCCACUGCCACUAAAGACAAUUACAAUCCCUCAGCCAUCACCAUUGCCGGCUCCAUUGUCUCAGCUCACCAUGCGAAGUAUGCUCUAGAAUCGUAUAUUUCCCGGAAAUUCUUCCAAGGUUUCGACCACGAAACUUUCUACAUGGAUGGAAGUCUCUCCUCCCUCCUCAACCCAGAUCAAUUCCGGCGCGAUUGCUUCACGCAGUAUCAUGACAUGAAGUCUAUGGAUCCUACUGAGCUCCUUGGGAUCUUACCAUCAUGUCACUUUGGCAAAUUCUGCUCCCAGAAGUACCUUGCCAUUGUUCACCCCAAGAUGGAGGAGUCUUUGUUUGGGAAUUUGGAGCAACACCGGCAGGUAUCAACUGGGAGCCAUCCCAGGAGUCAGUUUUAUAAUGAGUUCUUAGGGGUGGCCAAGGCUGUUUGGUUGCUUCAUUUGCUCGCAUUCUCACUCAACCCUGCACCAAGUCAGUUUGAGGCAAGUCGUGGUGCCGAAUUUCAUCCACAGUAUAUGGAGAGCGUGGUGAGAUUUUCCGGCGGGCGAGUGCCGGCUGGUCAGAUCGUGGGCUUCCCAGUUAGCCCGGGAUUUAAGCUUGGAAAUGGAUCUGUGGUCAAGGCUAGAGUCUAUUUGAUUGCUAGAGCAUGAGGUCUUCUAUGUAGGAAUCGUGUUUCACGAGCUAAUGAAAUGAUAAAGAUAUCUGCCUUAUAGGGUUGCUAGAUUGCUUAUGUAAUACCAGAACCAUGAGGUUAUGUUACUGAUUUAACGGUGAAUUAACUUAAAACUGCUCAGCCAUGGCAUCUGAUUUUGAAUCUAAUUAAUAAAGAGGCUAUGAAGUAGUUGUUCCUGAAAA